AUGGCGGCAGCGGUGCGACAGGAUUUGGCUCAGCUCAUGAAUUCGAGCGGCUCUCAUAAAGAUCUGGCGGGCAAAUAUCGUCAGAUCCUGGAAAAAGCCAUUCAGUUAUCUGGGGCAGAACAACUUGAAGCUUUGAAAGCCUUUGUGGAAGCAAUGGUAAAUGAGAAUGUCAGCCUCGUGAUUUCUCGACAGUUGCUGACUGACUUCUGCACACAUCUGCCUAACCUGCCUGACAGCACAGCCAAAGAAAUCUAUCAUUUCACCUUGGAGAAGAUCCAACCUAGAGUAAUCUCAUUUGAGGAGCAGGUUGCUUCAAUAAGACAGCAUCUUGCAUCCAUAUAUGAGAAAGAAGAAGAUUGGAGAAAUGCAGCCCAAGUGUUGGUGGGAAUUCCUUUGGAAACAGGACAAAAACAGUACAAUGUAGAUUAUAAACUGGAGACUUAUCUGAAGAUUGCUAGGUUGUAUCUGGAGGAUGAUGAUCCAGUCCAGGCAGAAGCUUAUAUAAGACAGCAGCGUUCUCGAAUGCUUGCUACUCUUUUUAAAGAUGAAAGGUGCCAGCAACUUGCUGCUUAUGGGAUCCUAGAGAAAAUGUACCUAGAUAGGAUCAUCAGAGGAAAUCAACUUCAGGAAUUUGCUGCCAUGCUGAUGCCUCACCAAAAAGCUACUACAGCAGAUGGUUCCAGCAUCUUGGAUAGAGCGGUUAUUGAACACAAUUUGUUGUCUGCAAGCAAGUUAUAUAACAAUAUUACCUUUGAAGAACUUGGAGCCCUUUUAGAGAUACCUGCAGCUAAGGCAGAAAAAAUAGCAUCUCAAAUGAUAACAGAAGGACGUAUGAAUGGAUUUAUUGAUCAAAUUGAUGGAAUAGUUCAUUUUGAAACACGAGAAGCCUUGCCAACGUGGGACAAACAGAUUCAAUCACUUUGUUUCCAAGUGAAUAACCUUUUGGAGAAAAUCAGUCAGACAGCGCCAGAAUGGACUGCACAAGCCAUGGAGGCCCAGAUGGCUCAGUGA